GUGAAGACUAUGUGACUGGCUCUGGAUUGCGCCCCACUUUGCCAAGGCUGAGAAAGUCGGCUCGCGUUCUUGCGACAAUCUCCAUGUCGCGACUCCGAACUUUCUCAACACAACCACAGCCUUCAGUAUGGCAGUCAAACGGCCGCAUCAAGGAGACGCAAAGUCAGUGGUGAAGAAGCAGAAGCAGAAGCAGAAGAGUCGCUUCGACAUCGGUCCCGCAAAUUUACCGGAUGGCACCCAUAGACGGAAGAUCGAAAAGAUCAAGAAAGGCCUUAUCACCAAGGCAAAGCUGAAGAAGCAAUAUGCAAAGCUCAAAGCCCGCGAAGAAAACGAAGAGACGGCACCGCGCAAGUCUGUCUACGACCGCGAAUCUGCCAACGACGACAACGAAGACGAGGAUGAGGAGCCUGCUGAGCCUGUCCAAGAGCCCACGUUGGAGCCACACCCUGAUCGCGUCGCGAUGCUGGAAGAGAAGUCGCCCGAACCGGAAUCCACACAGACUUGGGAGAGGCGACAGCGGCGAGCUCGACCACAGCCAUUCUUGAAAGAGACAGAAGUGGCGCGGAAGAAGAGGGAGGAAAUAGAGGCGCGGCAAAAAGCCAGGGAGGAAGCGGAGAAGGAGCGCGCAAAGAAGAUUGCUGAGCGUGAGCGCUUCAGGAAGACCAUGGCCAAAGCUAGGGGACCCAAUGGCCAAAGGAAGCUGGGCCGAGAGAGCACAGUCCUGCUUGCGAAAGCGCAGAGACUCAUGAGCAAGACCUGAAGCAUCAUCGUCAUCCGAUAGCGACGCUAUCAUCCUCAGCUCCGACGGAUGAUACGUCUGCAUCAGCCAACGCGUGCGCGCGCUCUUGUCAACAUCUACGCACUCAAUCCAGUGCUGAAGACACCGCUCCGCUUUACAACGAACAAGGUUUCGACCCGUUCAUUGAGAUGCAUAUAUUGCGCUUCCCGUAGGUCGAACAUCA